AUGACUUCUGAGCCCGAGCCCGAGCUUCCUGCGCCCCGGUUCGCGAACGGUAUCGAUACUGCGCCGUUGCUCCCCAAGCUGGAAACACUGAUCAAGAACGACUGGAUAUUGGUUGACAGCGGGGCAAGCAUCCUGAAGACGUACUUUUUCCGGAAGUAUUUCAGCGCCGUGAGCUUUGUCAAUGUAGUCGCGGCGCAGAGUGCGUCUAAAUCGCAUCAUCCUACUAUCAAGUUGAGACUUGGCUCCGUCGAAAUCCACUGGACUUCUCACCAUCCUCCCGGUCUCACCGGAAAGGACGUGGACAUGGCAGAACUCUGCGACGAGGCGGCGGAGUUGAUGGGCGCAGUGGAGAAAGGAAAACCCCAGAAAUGUGGACCAGCAACAGCAAAUCUUACGCCGGAGGAAGCGCAGUCCUCGAAGGUUCGCUAUAUAGUGGAUUAG